CUGAGACAGGAGCCUGGGGACCUGAAUUCGAGAAACAGGGUUGCCAUUUGUGAGCUGUUAUUGUUGACAAAUUACUUAUUCAUUCAUUCUACAUGUAUCUGUUGGGCAUCAGCUAUGUGCCUGGGUUGUUCUAAUGCUGCAGGUGCCAUGGCAAAAAAAUAAAGAACUAGUCACACCCCUUAAGCAAGUUAUUGUAUAGUUCAGGGGUCAUCAAACAUUUUCUGUAAAGGGAUAGAAAAUAUUUCAGGCUUUGCAGGCUGCAUGGUGUCUAUAGCAAAUACUCAACUAUGCAGGUGUGGUACAAAAGUGGCCACAGCCAACACAGAAACAAAUGGAUGUGGCUGUGUUCCAGUAACACUUUAUUUACAAAAAUCGGUGGCAGACCAAAUUUGGCUAGCAGGCUGUGGUUAGCCAACGCCUAGUCUAGAGGAAGAAGCAAGUAUCAACCAGAUAAGUGUGCAUGUGGCAACAUAUGCAAAGGCCCUGUGGCACAGAGGACACAGAUAGCUUUAGUGGGGUUCAUAGAAGGUCAGUGUGGCUAUUUGCCAAGUGAGUGAGGGGAUUACCAUGUGAGUGAGACAGGAAAGGGAGAGAGGGGCAGACUAGCAGGAACUCUGGGGGCACUUAAAAUUUUAGUCUUUGCCAUACUAACAGUUGGCAGUCAUUGGAUUCCUUUAAGCAGGAUGGUAACAUGAUCAGAUUCAGGUUUUAAAAGAUCACUCACUACAGUGUAUAGAUUGAAUUGAAUGAAAUCUCAUCUGAAACAUAAGAAUAGGUAAACUAUAUCAACAGUUCAUGGUGGUGAACAAAUCACACAAGGUGCAUAAAAGUGUGUUAUGAAAUAUAAACGAUGUAGAGGAUUACCUAGAGCUGUUUGACAGGAAGCAAAGGUCAUGUUCUUUUGAAUGUUCUCUAUGAACAAAGGCAGUCUGAAUUCAUGAAAGAAAUCGUUUUGUUUAUGGUAACGGGCUUCCUUCACCAGGGAAACUGCUCCUUGGGGUGCUCCAGAAAGACGAGGGACUUCUCUCUCGCGCUCAUUCCGUCUCUGUCUCCUUUCCCUCUCCCAAGCACAUCGGGGUGCUGCCUGGAGCCCAGGCCUGGCUCCAAACCCGUGAAAAUUGGCCGAGCAUAAAAGCUUCUCAAGAAUGAGAUGGAUCCUGGGGCAUCUUCCCCCGAGAAGCUGGAUAAAGAGAAUUUAGUGGGCAUCAGCAGUAAACGGCUUGGUGUCUGUGGCUGGAUCCUGUUCUCCCUUUCUGUCCUGUUGAUGAUCAUUACCUUCCCCAUCUCCAUAUGGAUGUGCUUGAAGAUCAUUAAGGAGUAUGAACGUGCUGUUGUAUUCCGACUGGGACGCAUCCAAGCUGACAAAGCCAGAGGGCCAGGCUUGAUCCUGGUCCUGCCCUGCAUCGAUGUGUUUGUCAAAGUUGAUCUCCGAACUGUUACCUGCAACAUUCCUCCACAAGAGAUCCUCACCAGAGACUCUGUGACUACCCAAGUGGAUGGAGUCGUCUAUUACAGAAUCCAUAGUGCUGUCUCUGCAGUGGCUAACGUCAACGAUGUCCACCAAGCCACGUUUCUGUUGGCUCAGACGACUCUGAGAAAUGUCUUAGGGACGCAGACCUUGUCCCAAAUCUUAGCUGGCCGGGAGGAGAUUGCCCACAGCAUCCAGACCUUACUUGAUGAUGCCACCGAGCUGUGGGGGAUCCGGGUGGCCCGAGUGGAAAUCAAAGACGUCCGGAUUCCCAUGCAGUUACAGAGAUCCAUGGCAGCCGAGGCAGAGGCGACCCGGGAAGCCAGGGCCAGGGUCCUUGCAGCAGAAGGAGAAAUGAAUGCUUCCAAAUCUCUGAAGUCAGCCUCCCUGGUGCUGGCCGAGUCCCCCAUAGCCCUGCAGCUGCGUUACCUGCAAACCUUAACCACCGUAGCCACAGAGAAGAAUUCCACCAUUGUGUUUCCUCUGCCCAUGAAUAUCCUCGAGGGCAUUGGUGGUGUCAGCUACAACGACCACAAGAAGGUUCCUGACAGAGCCUGAGGUCCCCCGGCUGUAGCCAGCCUUUGCUUUGGGAGUUGUUUCUGUCAGAAGAACUCAGCGGUAGAAGUGCGGAGAAUCCCAGCAUUAUUGAAGCAGAGGACUCCCCAGCUGGAAUAGCAUUAGCGAGGAAAUGCCAUAGAGGCUAAAAAAAGGAGGGCUGUGUACUUUUAUUAUUCAAGAGCAUGAACAGCAUGAUCCUUAUUGUAAUCAGUUAGCUGGCCUUCCUGACUUAAGGCGGGAGCUUUUUUGCAGCGAGGGGAAGAAAUCCUUGGGUGACUGUGACUAAGAUUUCGGCAUUACUUUUGAUUGGUUUGAGGACGUUCUGUAGAUAAUUUAUAAAGUCACAUAGGCCACCUGUUUACACGAGAUGUUUGCUUUAUAAUUGCCGAGUAAAAUUUCCAAUAAUCGCCACAGA